GGUUGACCUGGUAACUGCUGUCAGACAUCGGUUGCAACUUGCGAGCCAUUACACGACGUUGGAGUUGGAGUCGCACAGACGGCCUCACUUCAGCAGUGCCACAGCGUGGAUAGGCCACGUCAGAUUCACUGUUCUGAGGCAACCACAUGGCAUCCAUCCUGCCUGCCAUACCACUAGAGGCCUGUAGGGGCAGCAAGGAAUCUUUUGGCCGUGCGAUAACUCGUGGCCAUUAAAAGUGAUAGGUACUCUAGGGACGCUGCUAAGUAGCUAACUUGCAGAUCAGUCUAUUCGAAAAGUUUGUAAAGAGGGCAAAGUUUUUAGUUGCACGUCGUUUUUAGUCCAACUAGUCAUGGCGAUGGCUUCUUUACAGAACUGUAUAUGUUGACGCUGUUGGCAAGUGUGCUACAAGUUCAGCUUGUUUACAGUUUGGUUCCCCUCAACUCUUCGCGUAACCUUUCAGAAUAACAAAACGUUUUUUCACUUGUGCGGUCUAGAAAAAUCCUGAAAAGGAUUUUUCGUUGUAGGAUGUCUACAGAAGUUGUUGUCGGUGAGGCAAACGUGACAGGGAGUUGCUUAGGUGGAGAGAACCAAAACAACUCGGACGUCGACCGACCCCAGGAAUCUGAUCGAGCCAACCACGAGGAGGGGCAGAGAGAUCUCAAAGUCGAUUCAAAACACCAAAAACAGGGGACCAUGGAAACCCUAACCCCUGACGAAGAAAUAAACAAGGGUAAUGUGAACAACAAAGAAAAUGACCAAAAUACCACGAGCAAUAAUGCCGAUACAAGCGAAAAGGCAAAGAAAAAAGUUAUCGAGGCACCUCCACCGAAGGUAAACCCAUGGACGAAGAAGAACGCUUGUCCCUCCAACAACCCAACCACCAGCAACAGCCAGGAGUCAGAGCCGCAGAGUCCUGCCCGUGUGGUGCGUGCCGCCGCCAAGCCUCGCUCAAGGAAGUCCAGCAAGUCAAGUGACUUCAGUGACAUCACAAACUGGCCCACCCCAGGAGAGCUGGCCAACAAAGAGCAGAACGUCAUCAACUCUCAGGGCCGCAAGGGACAGACGGGUCCUCGGCGGGAGAAGAGGCGGGGCUCGGACAGGAAGCAGGAGACAGGAAGUGACGGGAGCGACAGCAAGGAGAACCGCGAUUCGCAGCAGGAGCCGGCGACAGCUCCGCCCACUGGGGAGAGCACCGAGGAGGGAGAGGGGAGCCAGAACGCUGGCCUGCGUCGCAGACCCAGCGACAAGGGAUCUUGGAGGCGGGAGAAUAAGGACGUGAACGAUGAUGCGUCGAGUGUACGCAGCGAUGGUGGGAGUGGCCGGGGAGGACUCAGGGGGAGGGGCAAAGGACGCGGCAGAGGCAGGGGGCGUGGCCGAGGUCGCUAUGACUACUCGCACGGCUACCGGGAGUACAACUCGGACGGCUCAAAUGCUCAGGCGCCGUCCGACUUCGGCACUAACAUGAUGUAUUACUACGACGACGGCAACCGUGUGCAGAUGUACAGCGUGGACGAGAGCCUGCUCAAGGAGUACAUCAAGCGCCAGAUUGAGUACUACUUCAGUCUGCACAAUCUGGAGCGUGAUUUCUUCCUGCGAAGGAAAAUGGACGCCAAAGGCUUUCUGCCCAUCUCCCUCAUCGCUGGCUUCCACCGUGUGCAGGCUCUCACCACCGAUGUCAACCUUAUCAAGGAGGCCCUGAAGAGUAGCACGGUGGUGGAGCUGGUGGAGGAGCAGAUCAGGCGUAAGGAGGACCCAGAGCAGUGGCCCAUCCCCACGCUGCCCCUCGACACCCCCCCGGGGCCACGCACCGACUUCACCCAGCUCAUAAACUGCCCCGAGUUUGUCCCCCGACAGACCUCCUCCGUCACACUGUCGACCUCACCUGCCGUUUCCACCAAUGACGAUGCAAAGCCCGCCAGCGAGCCCAAAGUGGAGCCGCCCCCCCAGGCGGUCCCGUCGGGGUCAGGGGUGAAGGGCAGCACGACCGCCCCGGACUCAGAGCAGUGGGUGCAGGUGGAGAAGAGGCAUCGCACCUCCUCAGGAAGGAAGUCCACUGAAGGCCCCUCCACCCCUGAGCCCACUGUAACUAUUGUUCCUGAACCAAGCCCUUCACCAGAGCGCCCCGAGCCUCUGCCCGCCCUGGCUCAGCAGGCCCCCAAAAAGCCCGCUAACGACCCCGAGCUAGAGGAGCUGGACUUCAUGUUCGACGACGAGAUGGAGCGCCUGGGCGCGCCGCGCAAGAACACCUUCACCGACUGGUCGGACGACGAGUCGAGCGACGAGCUGGACGACCGCGACAUCAACAAGAUCCUGAUCGUGACGCAGACGCCGCCGUACAUGAAGAAGCACCCCGGCGGCGACCGCACCGGCAACCACGAGUCCCGCGCCAAGAUCACUGCCGACCUCGCCAAGGCCAUCAACGACGGCCUCUACUACUACGAACAGGACCUCUGGACCGAGGACGAGCCGCAGCUGGACUGCCCCAACACCAAGGAGGUGGAGAACUUCAAGAAGCUGAAUGUCAUCAGCCAAGAUGAGUUCAACACACUGGCCCCCAAAACACCUGUGGACAACAGCCAGGAGAUCCCACCACCACCUCCUCAACCUGAUGAUGUGGGCAUGGCUCACUCCCUGCCCAAGAUGGUGCCCGAGUCCCCUGGCGGCCCGCGGACCCCACGCACACCGCGCACGCCCGGACGCAAGGACCCCACGACUACGCCACGCUUCUACCCCGUCAUCAAGGAGAGCGGCACACUGGACGAGGGGACGCCCCGUAAGAAGAAGACGAGGCACAGCUCCAACCCCCCUAUGGAGUGCCAUGUGGGAUGGGUCAUGGACUCCAGAGAGCACAGGCCUCGCUCCUCCUCCAUCAGUAGUUCCAAUGCAUCUCCAUCUGAGGGUGCCCCGUCCCUGUCUGGGAGCUACGGCUGCACUCCCCACUCGCUGCCCAAGUUCCGGCACCCCUCUCACGACCUGCUGCGCGAGAACGGCUUCACACAGCAAGUCUACCACAAGUACCGCAAACGCUGCCUAAACGAGAGGAAACGGUUGGGCGUGGGCCAGUCGCAGGAGAUGAACACCCUCUUCAGGUUCUGGUCUUUCUUCCUGCGUGACAACUUCAACAGGAAGAUGUACGAGGAGUUCAGGCAGUACGCCGUGGAUGACGCCAAGGAGAACUACAGGUAUGGCUUGGAGUGCCUGUUCCGCUACUACAGCUACGGGCUGGAGAGGAGAUUCAGACAGGAAAUCUUCAAGGACUUCCAGGAAGAGACACUGAAGGACUAUGAAAAGGGUCAGCUGUAUGGUCUGGAGAAGUUCUGGGCGUUUUUGAAGUACUCCCAGGUGAAGAACCAGCCCAUCGACCCCAAACUGCAAGAGCACCUCAACAAGUUCAAGACUGUGGAUGACUUCAGAGUCGUGCCCCCCAUGAAAGAGGAGGGCGGGAGGAGAAGACGGCUGUCUUCCUCCGGAGGUGACGAGGGGAGGCGAAGAAGACACAACUCCUCCUCCAGCUCCUCCAGCUCCAAGCCCGCCCCCAGCACGAAGACCACCAAUCAAAACCCAGCCCCCUCAUCUGCCAAAGCCGCCUCAGCCAAUCCCAGCUCGGCCCCAGCCACCGCCAAGAGCCCACCAGCCAAUACCACCACCACCGCUGCUGCUGCCGCCACAACCACUUCAGCCUCCCAAAAAACUGUGCCUUCCAAGACCCCCUCGAGUGCAGCCAAAGAGAACCCCAAACAGAACACCCAUGAUGCCCGCCGCAAGGAAGCCACCAAGCCCAAAGAUGGCGCCGCGCCAAAUAAAUGACCUCCACCCUAGGGAACUCUAGAACUUCUAGAACUAAGUGGUUCUCUAACCCAGGGAUGCUGGUUUUGCCUUACGUAUGUAUGUGUGUGUGUCUCUGUCAGCUAGACACUGGAUAGAGUAUCAGAGGCAGACAGACAGGUUUGUAAGGUUAGCUUUAAAUGCCCACACCUUCAAGAUUCUGGUGUGAACCCAGUCAGUCAGUGAUUUAAAAAUCAACAACAGCCCCUCAUACCAAUGCAUAGUAUGAACUUUUUUUCUUCUUCUUUAUUUUCUUCUGUCAUUUUUUCCAAACAAAAUUUUCAACCGGACACCCAUUGUAGAAAUCAAACUUUACUAUCCAAACUGUAAGUUUACAGAAAAUGCAUUCCUGCAUUGAAGGCAUUUGUUGUUACUUGGGGAAGAUGCCUAAACUUUUUUUUUUUUAAAUGGAUUUCUCAACAGCUAGGUAACUGAACAUUAGUAGGAUAUUUUUAAUUUGACAUUUUCUUUUGCGUUGUUGCAAUAUACAUAUAUGUGUGCCAAGUCCGUUAUCAUGAGGUACCAACAGUUUUACUUCUCUUGAACAAGACGCAGGGACCUCCCUUUUUGAUCAUGACACUAUUUAACAUCAUCCAGCUUAGUGCUUUCCUCCCUAUUUGGCCUAUUAAAUCAUGAGAUGAGAGAAUGCUGAGUAAUUACAUUUCUACAGCUGUAGUCGGUAUUAAUCGAAUCGAAUUGAAUCGAACACCACAAAAGGAGAAGGAAAACUGUCCCUUUGAGUGAGCCGUCAAGUCAUUCUUGAUACUAAAUGGUGGAGGUGGAUCAACUCUCCUUGUAAUCAGAAGGGGGAAAAGAAAAGGAAAAUACAAAAAAAAAUCUACAAAAAAAAUCCUAUUACGCUGUUUGCAUUGUGUGGCUGCUUAUUGGGCAAAGAUACAUGUCCUCUUUUGUGGAGACAGAUGUUUUGGGAAGGAGACGGAACUGGGGUCAGGGGUUAGCAUUUUAUUGAUUUACUUCAAAUUAGAAAGUGUCUGUGUACUUGAAGAUUUUUUUUUCUUUUUUCUUUUUUUUUUUAAGAAAUUAUAUCUUUUUAAAAAGAGGAAUUUUAUUUCCACUACGUUUUGAAUUCUAUUUGGAGCUGAGAUAAUUUAUUGUUGUUUAUUAUGUUUAUUUGAUCUUAAUCACUUAAACAAAAAAAAAUAUUUUUAUUUUUAAGCCUUGCAUUUAUUUGAAUUUUAGAAGUAAUAGCAUACAUGACUUGCCAGUGGUGCAUCUUAUUCUUAUUCAUUCAUUAUCAUUUUGCUUGGGAGAUAUUCUCAUUCGCUUUCUGUCUUUACGAGCCUAUUAAAGUUCUGAAUGUAACAUAUUAGUCAUGAAAAACUGUACAUAAAAAUUAAUUAGAAAAAAAACCUUUUUGAUUUGAUAAGCUAAUUUUUUCCCUUCAUGGUAGUAUUUGUGUGUGUGUGUGUGUGUGUGUGGCUUUAGUGUUGGUAUGCAUGUCUUUUAUUUUCUUUUGUGAACUGUAAAAUGUAAAAAUGCAUAUAAAAUUAUAAAAUCCAA